AUGUCGUCGGCCGGAGACGCGGUGACGGUGGCUGAGCCAGCUGAGAAGCCUCCGCGGCGGUUUCCGCCGCCGUGCUGGACGCAGGAGGAGACCUUGGUCCUCAUCGAGGAGUACCGGGAGCGGUGGUACGCCCUCCGCCGCGGCUACCUCCGGACGGCGGACUGGGACGCGGUCGCCGCCGCUGUGGCGAGCCGCUGCGCCGCCGGCGCGUCCCCGGCGAAGACCUCCGCGCAGUGCCGCCACAAGAUCGAGAAGCUACGCCAGCGCUACAGAGCGGAGAGGCAGCGCGCCGCCGCGCUCCCCCCGCACCACGGCGGUAGGUACUUCUCGUCGUGGUUCUUCUUCGAGAACAUGGACGCGAUGGAGAACGGCACCGCGCCGCCGCCGAUCGCGCAGAAGCAGGAGGAUUCCGGCGACGGAUCAGCUCGGCUGAAGUCCUUGCUGGAUCAGAAUAUUGUUAAAUUGAAGCUCAAAUCGAAGAACAGCGCCGAAUUAGGAUUCGCCGACGGCGCCAAACCUAAGAGAUUCAGCUCCGGAACUCAGAUCCCGAUCGAUUACGCAGAAAUUCCAGAGGAAAACAUCUCUCACGAGCACGAUCUCGCGAGCUACGGAAGCAGAUCUCAACCGAUAACCGCAAUUCCAAAAUCCUCAUUCAAAUCCAGGUCGAAGAACACCGGCAAGAUAUUCAACAAUUUCAACAUCAGCGACGGAUUCAACCACCAAUUGUUCCAAUCGAAGCUACAGAAUUUCGACAGUAUAAGAAACAGGCAGAGUCCAAAAGGAGAAUUCUGGAUGAGAGUUCCACCAAACCACAACAACAACAACAACAGUAGCAACAAAUUCGCGAAGAGGGGGAGGAGCGCGGUGGAGGAGAUCGUGGCGUCGAUAAAAACGCUGGGCGAAGGAUUCGUGAGAAUGGAGAAUGCGAAGAUGGAGAUGGCGCGUGAGAUGGAGGCGGCGCGGAUGGAGAUGGAGAUGAAGCGGAACGAGAUGAUGCUGGAAUCGCAGAAGCAGAUUGUGGAUGCGUUUUUGAAGGGAUUGUUUGAGCUCAAGAACAGCAAGAAGAUGAAAACUGAUCAACCUGCUACAGAUUCACCUCACUAA